AUGACACGUUGUUUAAGUAUUGAUAUAGUAAAGGCGUUUAGUUGGGAUUCGUAUAUUACUUUAUCAGAGGAAAGUUUGUCUCAGAUUGAUUUUUGGCAGAAGCAUUUGGAAUGUAUAAAUGGUAAAGAUAUUUAUGAAUCACACAAAUGUACGAAAAUUGUAUAUUCUGAUGCAAGUAGUACUGGCUAUGCUGGGUAUAUUGUAACAACAGCAGAUGGUGUUUCUCAUGGUAUUUGGUCUGUAGAGGAAUCUGCUAAGUCCUCUACAUGGCGCGAACUUGUCGCAGUCUAUAGGGUUCUUAAAUCAAUGGUACAUUUGCUUGCAAAUCAGAGAGUAAAAUGGUUUACAGACAAUCAGGGCGUAGUUUCCAUAGUUUCUAAAGGUUCUAUGAAAUCAGAUCUUCAAUCAUUUGCAAUGGCUAUAUAUAAAAUUUGCAUGAUAAAUUCUGUUGUUUUGGAUAUCGAAUGGAUACCGCGUUAUGAAAAUGAGAAAGCUGAUUUCUUGUCUAGAAUUUUAGACUAUGAUGACUGGGGUAUUUCAUCAUCACUUGCGCUUGCUCUGCAAAAUGAAUAUGGUAUUUUUGAAGUAGAUUGGUUUGCUUCGGAGCAUAAUGCUAAAGUUUCUAAAUUUUACUCUCGUUUCUGGAAUCCUUCGUCUUAUGGCAUUGAUGCUUUCACAGCAUUUUGGGGUGAUAGUUUUGGCCUGUUUGUGCCACCAAUAAGUAUCAAUUACAGAGUCUUAAGAAAAAAGUCUGUUGAUAAGGCAAAGGGGUGUCACAAAGAUGAGAUAGAAGAGCUUCCGGAAGUCCUGGCGGGCAAAGUGGAACUACUCCCGGAUAUUCUCUUAUUGUCACGUGCACCUGGAACUAGUCGGAAGUAUGAGUAUGGAUUUAAUCGAUGGAGAAAGUGGGCUCUUAGUAACGGUUUGGGGAGUGGGGAUAUUUUACCUGCCAGUGCAUUUCCGGUUGCACUGUAUCUAACAUCUUUAAUUCAGUCUGCAAAUAGUGCAAGUCCAGUGAUUAGUGCUUAUUAUUCUUUAAAAUGGUUUCAUGAUAUUAAUGGUGUGCGUUCUCCAACCAGUUCUUCUUUAGUUACCAAUAUCCUUGAGGCAGCUAAAAGAAUUUUAGCAAAACAAACGGUUAAGAAAGAAGUUAUGACUGUAGACAUUCUUUCCGCUAUGUAUGAUAGGUUGUUUAAGCCUUACGAUUUAAAACAUCAGCGGAUAAUUUGUGCUAGUGUUUUGGGGUUUUCAGGUUUUUUACGAAGCGCUGAAUUGUUAAACAUUGUUGUUUCAGAUUUAGUAUUUUAUCCAACUUUUUUGGCACUUUUUAUUGAAACUAGUAAGACAGAUAAAUACAGAGAUGGUUCUUGGAUAUUGAUAGCUAGAACUGGUACCAAGUUAUGCCCAGUUGUUAAUCUUGAAAAAUAUAUAAGAUGGGCUAAUUUAGAUUCAAGUGAUUUUUUGUUUUGUAAUAUUAGUAAGACCAAAAAUGGAUUUAAGAAAAGGACAGUUAAUAAGCCAAUGUCAUAUACUAAUUUGAGAGAUGAAUUUAGAUUAGCUUUCAUGCCGCAUGUAAGUGACAUUUCUAAAUAUUGCCUGCAUUCGUUAAGGGCAGGUGGAGCUUCAGCGGCGGCAAAUAAUGGAAUUAAAGACAGGAUGUUUAAACGUCAUGGUCGCUGGACUAGCGAAAGUGCUAAAGACGGUUAUGUUAAGUAUAAUUUAAGAGAACGUUUGUCAGUGUCUUUAUCAUUAGGAUUGUGA